GCCGGAGAGAGCGAGCGCGCGCGCAUUCAGAGAAUCACAUCAGCGUCACAAGAUGGGCAACGUUCAACCCACAGUAACUCCUUAUGAGGACUUUGAUGUGGUGGCAGACAUCAAGACAAUCCGUAAGGCCUGCAAAGGAAUGGGAACAGACGAGGAGACCAUCAUUUCCAUUCUAGCGAACCGCUCUGCAGCCCAGCGGGUGGAGAUUAAACAAGCCUACUUUGAAAAAUAUGACGACGAGUUGGAGGAAGUCUUGAAGAAUGAACUCACAGGAAACUUUGAGAAAGCAACUAUGGCCACACUGGACCCGCCUCACAUCUUCAUGGCUAAAGAGCUGAGGAGAGCCAUGAAGGGUGCUGGGACAGACGAGGACGUGCUGGUGGAGAUCCUCUGCACCAGCACCAAUCAGGGACUCCGAAAUCUGUGCCUACUUAUUGUUGGUUUUCCACAGGCAGGUGAAGGCCGCUUUGGAACAGACGAGUCCACUUUCACCUACAUCCUCACUCACAGGAACUACCUACAGCUCCAGGCCACCUUCAAGAUAUAUGAAACUCUCUCUGGAACAGAUAUCCUGGAUGCGAUAGACAGUGAGGCUACAGGAACAUUAAAGGACUGUUACAUUACUCUGGUGCGAUGUGCUAAAAACCCGCAGCUGUAUUUCGCCCGUCGUCUGAACGCUGCCAUGAAAGGAGCCGGGACAGACGAGGACACGCUCAUACGUAUUAUUGUGGGACGCUCUGAGGUGGAUUUGGAGACCAUCAAAGACAUGUACUUGGAGAAAUAUGACGUGACCCUGAAGGAUGCCCUGAGCUCAGAGUGCGGCGGUGGUUUCAAGCGCCUCCUCAUAGAAAUACUUCACUGAGCCACCGUCAGGUGGAGCCAAUAACUAACCCUACUGAUGAAAGAAAGUUCUGAAAAACACUGCCUAUAAAAACACAUACACAAUCACUUAGGAUCACCUCUUACUGUACAAGAGAACACAUGUUAGCUCAUUUUGUCAUGAGUGCAAUUAGGACAGUACUUAAUUAUGGGUUGAAUCAUCUCACAACGUUGCCAUAACACAUAAAGGUGCUCCAUUUGACAGUUUUUGUAGUGCAUUAACUCACUACACACGUGCCUUGACAAAGUCAUGAGUAACAGCUCAGUACUUCAUCAUCCAUUUCUUUUUCAGGACAGAUCAUGGAACACGAAGGGUGAUCCUUUAUUUAAUACUCUGUCUGUUCACACAGGAUCUUUGUAUGUUUUCACAUCUAUAGACCAAAUAUGUCGAUGUAUGGCUGAUGCUGAUAUUA